AUGACUGCCAUCAACGCCUUGAAAGAUGAGAGCACUGAAGAAUUCUUUAAGGAAUUUGAGGAUGUCUUCGGCACCGGUCUAGGAAUGAAUGACAAAACGCUGCUUGCUUCCUUGUACCAAAUGGUUCCAAAUGAAAUUCAACAGUAUUCUGGGAUUGUCCACUUGCUGAUACAUUUCAAAUGGACUUGGGUUGGACUCUUUGCAGUGGAUGAUGACAAUGGAGAAAGAUUUUUCCAAACAUUGGUUCCGAUGCUUUCUUCAAAUAGCAUCUGUUCUGCCUUUAUCAAAAGAACACCCAAAUGGACAUACGUUGCUGAUAUAUUAGACUUGUUCUUAGAUGACUUGGAUAAAUUUCCUUCUUUCAUGGAAAGCAAAGCAAAUGUUUUUAUUGUCCAUGGUGCACCUCCUUCCAUGCUAAAUUUGAGCUGGUAUCUUCACAUGGCGGUCUUUGAUUCAAACCUAGGGAAAGUAUGGAUUGUGACAGAACAGUGGGAUUUCCGAUUAAGUGCCUAUCAAAAGAACUGGGAUAUCCAAUUCUUCCACGGUGCUAUAUCAUUCUCAGUUCAUUCAAAUGAAAUACUGGGAUUUAAAGCAUUCCUUGAAAACAUAAAUCCUUCAUGGGAAACAGAAGAUGGCUUUAUUCAGGACUUUUGGGAAAAUGCUUUUAGUUGUUCAAUAAAAAAUCACAGUGUAAUUAAAGGGGAAGAGCCCAAGAAAGUUUGCACAGGAGAAGAAAAGUUAGAGAGACUUCCUGGGACUUUCUUUGAAAUGAAAAUGACUGGACACAGCUAUAACGUCUACAAUGCUGCCUAUGCUGUUGCCCAUGUAUUACAUGCUAUAUAUGGUUCUAGGUCAAAAUCCAGAUCGAAAGUUGCUCAAAAAAGUUUGGAAGUUUUGAGCUUUCAGCCAUGGCAGAGAAUCUCAUUCAACAACAGUGCUGGAGAAAUAGUGCAUUUUGAUGAAAAUGGAGAAUUAAUAGUAGAUUUUGACAUCACAAAUUGGAUAACUUUCCCCAAUGAAACUUUUAAUCGAGUUAUAGUUGGAAAGAUGGAUCCUCUUAGCAAAAAGUUAUUAAUCCAAGAUGAAAAAAUUGUGUGGCAUAGAAGAUUUAAUCAGAUUCAGUUAAAUAUGGAUUUCUGUAAUGACUGCAUAGAAGAUCAAUAUUCAUCUACAGACAAAACUCAAUGUAUUCCCAAGAUUUUAAACUACUUCUCGCAUGAACAUUCUUUGGGGAAAACUUUAGCUUUCUCUUCAAUUGCUUUUGCUCUGACAACAGUUUGGGUCCUUAAAACUUUUUGGAAACACCAGGACACUCCUAUAGUCAAAGCAAACAAUAGAAACCUCACCUAUAUUCUUCUCUUCUCUCUCUUUCUUUGCUUCCUUUGCUCUCUCCUCUUCAUUGGAAAACCAACAUCUACCACAUGUAUUCUCCGACAAACAGCCUUUGGCAUUGUCUUCUCUCUGGCCCUUUCCAGUGUUCUGGCCAAAACAAUUAUUGUUGUUCUAGCCUUUGUGGCUACCAAGCCUGGAUCCAAGAUAAAAAAAUGGGUAGGGAGAAAGCUUGGAAAUAUUAUCGUCAUUUCCUGCACCUCUAUCCAAGUCUGCAUUUGUUCUCUUUGGCUAUUUACUUCCCCACCAUUCCCAGAUAGGGAUUUAAACUCUCUCCAUGAAGAAAUCAUUCUGGAAUGCAAUGAGGGCUCUACUACCAUGUUUUGCCUUGUAUUGAGCUACAUGAGUUUUCUGGCCACUGUCAGCUUGUCUGUGGCUUUCUUUGCCAGGAAGUUACCUGAUAGUUUCAAUGAAGCAAAAUUUAUUACAUUCAGCAUGUUGAUCUUUUGCAGUGUUUGGUUGUCAUUUGGCCCAAUGUACUUGAGUACCAAAGGAAAAUAUGUGGUGGCUGUUGAAGUCUUUUCUAUCUUAACUUCAAGUGCUGGGUUGUUCAGUUGCAUUUUUUUCCCUAAAUGCUACAUAAUUUUAUUCAGGCCUGAACUGAACAACAGAGGACAAUUAAUAAGGAAGAAGUAA